UACAGGAGCUCAGUAAGCACAUAGUAAUCACAACCGCGUGGUUAAUUUUCAAUAGAGCAACUUCGGCAAAAAUGCGGUUACCAAAUACAUUCAAAGUGCUUAUAAUAUUCUUAUAUACAUUGACAAUUAAAUAUUGCCACGCAGAAAAUGAGUUAACUUUAACAGACAUAAGAAAUAGCCAUAACAAAGAAGAUGUGGAGAGAAAUAAAAGAGAUAUUUCUGAUUUCGACGAAAUGGAUGUGGUCAAAGAAAAGAGACAAAGACAAUUCGUCGGAAAGCGCUUACGAGAUUUUGUUGGCAAACGAAUACCGGACGAAGAUGGCAUGUACGAACCGGAUCUUUCAGGGGAUGAUUUAGAUCAGAUGGACAAGCGUAUGCGCGAUUUCGUUGGCAAGAGAUCCUUCAGUGAUCAGGAUGCGCUUGAAGCUGAAAAACGAAUGCGCGACUUUGUCGGUAAACGUGCGUUUGAGUUACCGGAAGACGGUGACUUUUUUGGUGAUCACUCACAAUACGCCGACGAUUUGAACACAGAACCAGGUAACGACUAUGACAAGCGCAUGCGGGACUUUGUGGGAAAGCGAUCAUACACUGACUACAAUCACGUGUCUUACCUUGUUAAGCGACUUCGUGAUUUCGUCGGGAAAAGGUUUACACCUGAAGAUAUCGUUAAAAUACGUCAGAGAUAUUUUGUACGCAAACCAAAGUACGAGCGCGAAAUUAUUGGCAAGCGUUCCAGCGAUUUUGACGACGACGCGCCAUAUGCCGAGGAAAAGAGAAUGCGCGAUUUCGUCGGUAAGCGCAUGAGAGACUUUGUCGGGAAAAGAAUGAGAGAUUUUGUGGGUUAAUUCUUGCUUGCGAUCAUUACGAAAUGGAACAAUUUUAUAAAGGAACUACAAUCCUAACCGUGUCCACAAAACUCGUAUUUAUUCCAUCUUAAGCAAGUUGAAUAAGUGUGGCGAUCGUUCAGUUAUUAUUGUGUACACAAGGUAACGUUGUUAUCAUUGUUUAAAUCAUUGUAUAAGUCUGAAGAUGAACAUGGGUAUAACUGCAGUACGAUACUUUAAUUACUUUAUUUUUAGUAUUUAAAACUGUGAAAAGCGUAAUGUCAAAAAAACUAAUCAUAAACUUACACAUACUAGAUCGAUCAAUGAUGAGACCUUUUCGCUUUUUGAAGUUAAAGUACUUCUUUAUCAAAAAUAUAUCUCGAUAACAUAUUAUUUGUUUUAGUUCAUUUUUGAUAUUUUUUAAUAUUUAUUUUCAUUUCAAGAGAGUUUGUAAACAUUUUAAUAAUCCAUGUUUUACUAUUUUUAUCUCUGAAUUACUUUUGAAUUGAUUAUGUUAACUUUAUAUUUUAACUCUCAGUUUCAUAUCCAGUAGGGAUGAAGAUAUAAAUUUACAUCUUAAUUUUCUUAAUUCUACGGCAUUAUUUGCAAAUAUCUAUCUGCUCUUUUUCGUGAUCAUAUUGUGUGUUAUUUAUUACAUAUUUUGUUUAAAUAUUUUUUUAGCCGUUCGAUCAUGUGCAAAUGUAAUUAUGUUAUAAAUUAUUAAAUUGCAUGCAAUUUAAGCAUAAAAAACAAAUGCUUUGUUUUUUGAACGGUUUCAUAAAACAUUCAAACAUUCUACUGUGGUAUCCUUUAGACUCGUCAAUUAUUGAUAAACUGAAACACGUAUAAAAUAAUGUGUUUUGAUGUCCAUAAUGAAACGCGAACAAAUACUUCUUAAAUAACGCAUGCGGCGAUGUUAGAGUACGAUUAAUUUUCGGGUUAUCGUUGUUUUUCAUUUUUAUACAGGUAUCUACACAUUAGUUCAUAAGCCAGAGAAACUAUUACUAAAUAAAGAUGAUAUAUCUCUGUAUUUCUUAAAGUGUAUUCAUUAUGUUUGAGUGUUUUACCUGAAGUGUAUGAUGUUUUCUUCACUUUUCACACACGAUAGUAAUAUAUAUAUUCUCUACUAUCACUGAUAAGAAUUAAAGAAACCUCAUUAAUCUACAUAAAAACAUUAAUUCAGAACAGAGCUUCAUUGUCAUAUGCCUUAAUAUGUACACUAUUAAAAAUAACAUUUCUGUUGUCGAUGUCGCCACCAUUACUUCAAAUAUAUAACAACUGCUUUUGCGCUAGUUAUUGUAAUUUAUUGUUUA